GCGGGGGCGCCGCGGCCGGAGGGGCGUCAAUGGAUCGCCAUUCCAGCUAUAUCUUCAUCUGGCUGCAGCUCGAACUGUGCGCCAUGGCCGUGCUGCUCACCAAAGGUGAAAUUCGAUGCUACUGUGAUGCCGCCCACUGUGUGGCAACUGGUUAUAUGUGUAAGUCGGAGCUCAGCGCCUGCUUCUCUCGCCUCCUGGAUCCUCAGAACACAAAUUCCCCGCUCACCCACGGCUGUCUGGACUCUCUUGCGAGCACGGCAGAUGCCUGCCAAGGCCAACAGGCCCAGAACCACUCCGGCAGCAGCACGCGCACGCUGGAAUGCUGUCACGAAGACAUGUGCAAUUACAGGGGGCUGCACGAUGUGCUCUCCCCGCCCAAGGGGGAGGCCGCAGGACAAGGGAACAGGUAUCAGCAUGAUGGUAGCAGAAACCUCAUCACCAAAGUGCAGGAGCUGACUUCUUCCAAAGAGCUGUGGUUCCGGGCGGCGGUCAUUGCUGUUCCCAUCGCCGGAGGGCUGAUCCUCGUGUUGCUUAUUAUGCUGGCCUUGAGGAUGCUCCGCAGUGAGAACAAGAGACUGCAGGAUCAGCGGCAGCAGAUGCUCUCGCGUUUGCACUACAGCUUUCACGGACACCACUCCAAAAAGGGGCAGGUUGCAAAGUUAGACUUGGAGUGCAUGGUGCCCGUCAGUGGGCACGAGAACUGCUGUCUGACCUGCGAUAAGAUGAGGCAGGCCGACCUCAGCAACGACAGGAUCCUCUCGCUCGUGCACUGGGGCAUGUACAGUGGGCACGGGAAGCUAGAGUUCGUAUGACCACGUCUGAUCCCAACUACACUUCUCGACCGCUUGAAGGCCUUUGAGUUCUGCUGGACAGGAGCACUUUAUCCGAAAAAAACCCAAAACUCAUUUAAUCAUCUUGGAGAGACGAAAUGACCUCUGCAAACAAGAACCUUGGAUAUUUCUUCUGAAGGAUUAUUUGCACAGACUUAAAUACAGUCACAUGUAUUUGCUUUAAGAUGAUAAAAAGCAAAGAGAAGACUGUACACACUGUUACCAGGGUUAUUUGCAUCGAGGGAGCUGGAGCUGCACACCUACAUGAACUACCAUGUGCUCUCUGUAAGCUCCCACAUCUCGAUUGAUUGUAAAAAUUUAAAAUAUAUAUUUUUUUGGUCUGAAA